CUGGUCAAGACAACUGUCAAUGCCAAAAGUCAAUGUCAAAUUGCAAUAGCGGCCGCUCCACGUUGUAGUAUUUACUUAUUUUUGUGAAUAAAUAAUAACUGACUAAUAAAUUCUGUUGGUCCUUCCUUAAAUCUCUAAAGUAACCAACAAAAUGGCUAAAAAAGGCAAACCUAAGAUAAGUAAAGUGAAAAGAAACAAUCAAACAACGAACAAAAUGAAGAAGCAGGGUAAAUUGAAGUUACAGAGGCAUAGAACAAAAGUUCAAAAGCAGAAACAGCCUUCUCAGCCACAGGUAGAGUACAGCAGUGAUAGCGAGUCUGCGUCCGGUGAAGAGUGGGCUGAUAUGUUGGACGAUGAGGAACAGAAAUAUAUCAUGAGUCGCUUGGCCAAACAACCGCAGUUGCUCUCCAACGUUCCAGAAAAGGAGCACGAAAAUAAGAGCAGGUCAAGAAAACGAAAGAAGAUAGACAAGGGUAAAGUACCUAAGAAACUUCUGAGCAAUGAUAGUGGUGCAGAGAGUGAAGAAGAUGGGUCUGAUGGUAGUGAGCUCGAGGAAAACUAUGAGAAGGAACUGGCUGAGAGACCACCCAAGAAAAUGAGACCUCUGCUGCCAAUCAAGACUAAAGAUGGGGUCCAGGAAAGAAUGGAAGAGUAUGAAGAAAGUGAUUCAGAAAAAGAAAAUGAAAAAGAUGUAGAAACUGAGGAAAUUGAAACUGAAGAGGAGGCACAAGAUAUGGACUCUGACUCGGGGAUGGGAGGUACUGAGGAUGGCAACGAUGCGCAGGGUGGUGAGGUCAUUAGCACAGUUCAGCUGAUGGCAGCCAGGAGGGAUCGACUCAAUCACGACAAGCUGAGGAUUGGUGCUCUGUGCUCUUCACUGCUUGAAUGUCCUGAGAAAAAAUUGAAAAAUUUCUACCCAAUCUUAUAUCUAAUGGAGGAGCGACUCAAAGACGGAGCUCUGAACUUGCACUCAGUCCGUAAGAUAGCAACACUAUCUGCUUAUGAAGUAUUCAAAGACAUCUUGCCAGACUACUACUUACGGCAUCAAGAUUACUCUAAUGUUAAGUUGAAAAAGGAUACUUUAGCCCUGUACAAAUAUGAGAAGGAGUUACUGGAGUUCUACAAGAGGUACUUGCAGCGGCUGGAGAAGGCUGCUGCCGUGCUGCGCCGUAAGAAAGGUGAUAACAGAAAACCCGAUGAAGCAGCAGUGAGUUUAGCACUGGUAUCCCUGAGUUGUAUGUCCGGGUUGCUAGUCGCUCGUCCUCAAUUCAACUACGCCACAAACAUCGCUCAAAGCAUAGUGCCUUUUCUGGAUUGCAAAGAUCCAAAGGCCAGGGAGACUGUUACCGAUGCCUGCAAGAACGUUUUCAACGACGACAACAAAGGAGAAAUAACCUUGACGGUUGUGCGACUAGUCAACCAACUAGUCAAGCGACGCGGUGAUCGCUUACAACCGUCGGCUUUAGACUGUCUCCUGUCACUACGCAUCAGGGACGUAGACAUGGACGCUGAACAAAACCUUCAGCAUAAGAAGAAACAGGAGGAGAAGCACAAGAAGAGGAUCAUCAACUUGUCCAAGAAGGAAAAGAAGAGAGCCAAAAAGCUAAAAGAGGUAGAACGCGAGCUCCUCGAGACGGAGGCUCAAGAGAGUGAGGUGGCGCGCCGCAAACAUUUGGCGGAAGUGUGCAAGACCGUGUUCCACAUCUACUUCCGGUUGCUGAAGGCCGCGCCCAGUACGGGCUUGUUGGCCGCCGCACUUAAUGGAUUGGCCAAGUUCACCCACGUGAUAAACCUGGAGUACUACUCGGACCUGGUGUCUAUAAUGUCUCGCCUGGUGGGGGACGAGCUAGUGGGUCCGCGGGACCGGGUCCUAUGCGUGCGUGCGGUGCUGGCCAUCCUGGCCGGCGCCGGGGAUGCUCUCAACCUGGACCCGGCCAGGUUCCACGCCUAUCUGUACACGGCGGCUAUUGGAGUUCAUGCGGGUUCCUCAUCACAGGACCCCAAGAUAGUGUUAGAAGCGGUGAGCCAGAUCUGCGCCCGAGCUCGCCGCGUGUCUUCGGCAGUAUUGCAGGCGUUUGCGAAACGAUUGUUAACAAUAUCCACACAACUGCCGCACAAUUACGCGAUUGCGGCACUUUCUCUGCUGCAGCAAUUGGCACAGCAAAGUAAACCCGUAUCCAAUCUAGUAGAAGCCGCGGUCACUACGGAGAUAGAAUCAAUAGGUUCCGGACGAUUCGACCCUCUACUGAAUGACCCGGAACAUGCGCGCGCGCAACAAUCCUGCCCGCACGAGAUGAGGGUAUUAAUGGCACAUUAUCACCCCACUGUCAGAGAAACGGUUAAAGCUUUAGCUACGGGGAAUAGUGUGCAGGAACUGAACAAACUGUCACUCUCACAAAUCCUGUCGAGUUACGACGGGUCCCAGAUGGUGUUCAAACCCGCGAUCCCUCCGCCUCGGGCCGCCGCCGGCCGCUCCACCAACGCUGCCCUGCGGCCCCACCACUGGGCACAAUCCGAUCUAAAGACUAUGUGCGAAACGGUCGAGAACGGGGUUGAGUUAAUAUUUAAACAUGGUGACAGGUGAUCAUGAAUAAAUAAUGCUUUAAUAAUAAAUUGUUUGUUGCAAUUAUUUUUUGUGUAAUAAUUUUGACUACAAUCCUUAAACAAACUAAUAAUAAUC